AUGGUUCAGGAAAGAUUUUGGUUUAUUAGAAAUGAGUAUUAUGGGCCAGUGGAUUUGAGAACAGACCCAGACUACAGUCACCGAAUUAAGCACCGCUUUCAUGAGAAGGACUGCACUCUGAGGAUCACAGAUCUGAGAGAGAGAGACUCAGCAGAGUACAAGUUCAGAUUUAUAACAAAUCAGUCAGAUGGAAGUUAUACUGGCUCACCUGGAGUCACUUUGACUGUCACAGACCUGCAGGUGAAGAGAGGAAAAUCAUCAGCCCACACAGAGCUGCAGUGUCACAGCAGCUGUGAUGUAAUUGAUCCUCCAUCAUAUGUUUGGUACAAAAAUGGACAGAAAAUAAAAGAAGAAACAUCUUCUCUGAGAGUCUCUGUUGGAGAUGAUGACAGCAGCUAUUCCUGUGCUGUUAAAGGACAUGAGGGUUACCGCUCUGCUGCAGUGUAUGCUCCAAAGCUUCCCUCUGUGUCAGUGAGUCCGUCUGGUGAAAUCAAGGAGGGCAAUUCAGUGACUCUGACCUGUAGCAGUGAAGCUAACCCAGCAGCUACUUAUGUCUGGUACAAGAGGAACAGCCAACCACUCAGCAAAAACCCACAGCUCAUCCUCAGCCCCAUUCAGUCCUCUGACUCUGGACAGUAUUACUGUAGAGCUGUUAAUACAGUGGGAAGUAGGACAUCUGAAUAUAUUUCUAUUAACGUGAAAUAUGCUCCAAAGUUUGUGUCAGUGACGGUGAGCCCUUCUAAUGAAUUCAGGGAGGGCGGAUCAGUGACUCUGACCUGUAGCAGCGAUGCUAACCCAGCAGCUACGUAUGUCUGGUACAAGAUAAAUGGAAGAACACCUCUUAGUGAAGAAAGACAGCUUGUCUUCAGCUCCAUCCAGCCCUCUGACUCUGGACAGUAUUACUGUACAGCUGUUAAUAAAUUAGGGAGGAAGAGAUCUGAAUAUAUUUCUAUUAAUGUGAACUAUGCUCCAAAGUUUGUGUCAGUGACGGUGAGCCCUUCUAAUGAAUUCAGGGAGGGCGGUGCAGUGACUCUGACUUGUAGCAGUGAUGCUAACCCAGCAGCUCAAUACUCCUGGUACAAGAAGAAUGCACAAAAACCUCUGAGUAAUGAACGGCAGCUCUCCUUCAGCUCCAUCCAGCCCUCUGACUCUGGAGAGUAUUACUGUACAGCUCAGAACAAAGUGGGGAGGAAGAGAUCUGAAUCUACCUCCAUUGAUGUCAAAUAUGCUCCAAAGUCUCCCUCUGUGUCAGUGAGUCCUUCUGGUGAAAUCACAGAGGGCACUUCAGUGACUCUGACCUGUAGCAGUGAUGCUAACCCAGCAGCUACGUAUGUCUGGUACAAGAGGAACAGCCAACCACUCAGCAAAAACCCACAGCUCAUCUUCAGCUCCAUCCAGUCCUCUGACUCUGGACAGUAUUACUGUACAGCUGUGAACAAGCUGGGGUCAACACUUAAAUCCAUCACUAUUGAUGUGAAAUAUGCUCCAAAGCCUCCCUCUGUGUCAGUGCGUCCCUCUGGUGAAAUCAAGGAGGGCACUUCAGUGACUCUGACCUGUAGCAGUGAAGCUAACCCAGCAGCUACGUAUGUCUGGUACAAGAUAAAUGGAAGAACACCUCUUAGUGAAGAACGACAGCUUGUCUUCAGCUCCAUCCAGCCCUCUGACUCUGGACAGUAUUACUGUAUAGCUGUUAAUAAAUUAGGGAGGAAGACAUCUGAAUAUAUUUCUAUUGAUGGGAAAUAUGCUCCAAAGUUUGUCUCAGUGACGGUGAGCCCUUCUAAUGAAUUCAGGGAGGGCGGUGCAGUGACUCUGACCUGUAGCAGUGAUGCUAACCCAGCAGCUCAAUACUCCUGGUACAAGAAGAAUGGACAAAAACCUCUGAGUAAUGAACGGCAGCUCUCCUUCAGCUCCAUCCAGCCCUCUGACUCUGGAGAGUAUUACUGUACAGCUCAGAACAAAGUGGGGAGGAAGAGAUCUGAAUCUACCUCCAUUGAUGUCAAAUAUGAUCCAAAGCCUCCCUCUGUGUCAGUGAGUCCGUCUGGUGAAAUCACAGAGGGCACUUCAGUGACUCUGACCUGUAGCAGUGAAGCUAACCCAGCAGCUACGUAUGUCUGGUACAAGAGGAACAGCCAACCACUCAGCAAAAACUCACAGCUCAUCUUCAGCUCCAUCCAGUCCUCUGACUCUGGAGAGUAUUACUGUUCAGCUGUGAACAAGCUGGGGUCAACACUUAAAUCCAUCACUAUUGAUGUGAAAUAUGCUCCAAAGCCUCCCUCUGUGUCAGUGAGUCCUUCUGGUGAAAUCAAGGAGGGCACUUCAGUCACUCUGACCUGUAGCAGCGAUGCUAACCCAGCAUCUGCAUAUGUCUGGUACAAAAUAAACAAUCAAACACCUCUCAGUACAGAUUCACAGCUCUCCUUCAAGUCCAUCCAGCCUGCUGACUCUGGAGAGUAUUACUGUACAGCUGAGAACAGGCUGGGAACAUCAACACCUACAAACAUUUCUGUUGAUGUGAAAUAUGCUCCAAAGCCUCCCUCUGUGUCAGUGCGUCCCUCUGGUGAAAUCAAGGAGGGCACUUCAGUGACUCUGACCUGUAGCAGUGAAGCUAACCCAGCAGCUACGUAUGUCUGGUACAAGACAAAUGGAAGGACACCUCUCAGUAAAGAACCACAGCUUGUCUUCAGAUCCAUCGAGCGCUCUGACUCUGGACAGUAUUACUGUAUAGCUGGAAAUACAGUGGGGACGACAUCUGAAUAUAUUUCUAUUAAUGUGAACUAUGCUCCAAAGUUUGUGUCAGUGACGGUGAGCCCUUCUAAUGAAUUCAGAGAGGGUGGUGCAGUGACUCUGACCUGUAGCAGUGAUGCUAACCCAGCAGCUCAAUACUCCUGGUACAAGAAGAAUGGACAAAAACCUCUGAGUAAUGAACGGCAGCUCUCCUUCAGCUCCAUCCAGCCCUCUGACUCUGGAGAGUAUUACUGUACAGCUCAGAACAAAGUGGCGAGGAAGAGAUCUGAAUCUACCUCCAUUGAUGUCAAAUAUGAUCCAAAGCUUCCCUCUGUGUCAGUGAGUCCUUCUGGUGAAAUCAAGGAGAACAUUUCAGUGACUCUGACCUGUAGCAGUGAUGCUAACCCAGCAGCUACGUAUGUCUGGUACAAGAGGAACAGCCAACCACUCAGCAAAAACCCACAGCUCAUCCUCAGCUCCAUCCAGUCCUCUGACUCUGGAGAGUAUUACUGUAGAGCUGUGAACAAGCUGGGGUCAACACUUAAAUCCAUCACUAUUGAUGUGAAAUAUGCUCCAAAGCCUCCCUCUGUGUCAGUGAGUCCUUCUGGUGAAAUCAAGGAGAACAUUUCAGUGACUCUGACCUGUAGCAGCGAUGCUAACCCAGCAUCUGCAUAUGUCUGGUACAAGAUGAACAAUCGAACACCUCUCAGUACAGAUUCACAGCUCUCCUUCAAGUCCAUCCAGUCCGCCGACUCUGGAGAGUAUUACUGCACAGCUGAGAACAGGCUGGGAACAUCAACACCUACAAACAUUUCUGUUGAUGUGAAAUAUGCUCCAAAGCCUCCCUCUGUGUCAGUGCGUCCCUCUGGUGAAAUCAAGGAGGGCACUUCAGUGACUCUGACCUGUAGCAGUGAAGCUAACCCAGCAGCUACGUAUGUCUGGUACAAGACAAAUGGAAGGACACCUCUCAGUAAAGAACCACAGCUUGUCUUCAGAUCCAUCGAGCGCUCUGACUCUGGAGAGUAUUACUGUAUAGCUGCUAAUACAGUGGGGACGACAUCUGAAUAUAUUUCUAUUAAUGUGAACUAUGCUCCAAAGUUUGUGUCAGUGACGGUGAGCCCUUCUAAUGAAUUCAGAGAGGGCGGUGCAGUGACUCUGACCUGUAGCAGUGAUGCUAACCCAGCAGCUCAAUACUCCUGGUACAAGAAGAAUGGACAAAAACCUCUGAGUAAUGAACGGCAGCUCUCCUUCAGCUCCAUCCAGCCCUCUGACUCUGGACAGUAUUACUGUACAGCUCAGAACAAAGUGGGGAGGAAGAGAUCUGAAUCUACCUCCAUUGAUGUCAAAUAUGAUCCAAAGCCUCCCUCUGUGUCAGUGAGUCCUUCUGGUGAAAUCAAGGAGGGCACUUCAGUGACUCUGACCUGUAGCAGUGAAGCUAACCCAGCAGCUACGUAUGUCUGGUACAAGAGGAACAGCCAACCACUCAGCAAAAACCCACAGCUCAUCUUCAGCUCCAUCCAGUCCUCUGACUCUGGAGAGUAUUACUGUAGAGCUGUGAACAAGCUGGGGUCAACACUUAAAUCCAUCACUAUUGAUGUGAAAUAUGCUCCAAAGCCUCCCUCUGUGUCAGUGAGUCCUUCUGGUGAAAUCAAGGAGGGCACUUCAGUCACUCUGACCUGUAGCAGUGAUGCUAACCCAGCAUCUGCAUAUGUCUGGUACAAAAUAAACAAUCAAACACCUCUCAGUACAGAUUCACAGCUCUCCUUCAAGUCCAUCCAGCCUGCUGACUCUGGAGAGUAUUACUGCACAGCUGAGAACAGGCUGGGAACAUCAACACCUACAAACAUUUCUGUUGAUGUGAAAUAUGCUCCAAAGCCUCCCUCUGUGUCAGUGCGUCCCUCUGGUGAAAUCAAGGAGGGCACUUCAGUGACUCUGACCUGUAGCAGUGAAGCUAACCCAGCAGCUACGUAUGUCUGGUACAAGACAAAUGGAAGGACACCUCUCAGUAAAGAACCACAGCUUGUCUUCAGAUCCAUCGAGCGCUCUGACUCUGGACAGUAUUACUGUAUAGCUGCUAAUACAGUGGGGACGACAUCUGAAUAUAUUUCUAUUAAUGUGAACUAUGCUCCAAAGUUUCUGUCAGUGACGGUGAGCCCUUCUAAUGAAUUCAGGGAGGGCGGUGCAGUGACUCUAACCUGUAGCAGUGAUGCUAACCCAGCAGCUCAAUACUCCUGGUACAAGAAGAAUGGACAAAAACCUCUGAGUAAUGAACGGCAGCUCUCCUUCAGCUCCAUCCAGCCCUCUGACUCUGGACAGUAUUACUGUACAGCUCAGAACAAAGUGGCGAGGAAGAGAUCUGAAUCUACCUCCAUUGAUGUCAAAUAUGAUCCAAAGCCUCCCUCUGUGUCAGUGAGUCCGUCUGGUGAAAUCACAGAGGGCAGUUCAGUGACUCUGACCUGUAGCAGUGAAGCUAACCCAGCAGCUACGUAUGUCUGGUACAAGAGGAACAGCCAACCACUCAGCAAAAACUCACAGCUCAUCUUCAGCUCCAUCCAGUCCUCUGACUCUGGAGAGUAUUACUGUUCAGCUGUGAACAAGCUGGGGUCAAAACGUAAAUCCAUCACUAUUGAUGUGAAAUAUGCUCCAAAGCUUCCCUCUGUGUCAGUGAGUCCCUCUGCUGAGAUAGUGGAGGGCAGUUCAGUGACUCUGACCUGUAGCAGUGAUGCUAACCCAGCAGCUAGUUACACCUGGUACAAAGAGGAUGAAGACUCACUUAAAACAUCAGGACACAACUUCACCAUCAGCAACAUCAGGCCUGAGCACAGUGGGAGUUAUUACUGUGUGGCCCACAACAACAGAGGGACUCAUAACUCCACCUUACAGCUGACUGUUGCAGCAGGAGCAGGAACAUUAGAAGCUGCUGGAGUAACUGCUGCUGUUCUCCUGCCUGUCAUAUUCUUCUCUGUCUUCCUGUGGAUUCAAAAAAAGAGGAUGUCCAAGGAACCUGUUAAAUCUGAAGACAGAGCCAACAACAGAGAACAGUGUUUACCUGAUCAGAGACAGCCAGAGGAGCAGGAUGAUCUUCAGUACACCAGCAUCCACUUCUCCAAUAACCAGGCAGAUCCUCUCUACUCCAACAUCAGAGCAGCUCAGCCUCACAGACACAUGCAAGAACAGGAAGUUACUGAGUACACUGCUGUUAGAUUUAACAGAGGCAGUGCAGCCAAGAGAGACAGAAGUCAGGAAACAGGAGAGUCUUCAUGUGCACUGUACUCCACAGUCAACAAAACCAGAUGAAGGGACGGGUUGAUGAUGAUGAUGUGAUAUUUAUGUAGACUCAGUGUAGUUAAGCUCAAUUGUAGUUAAGUGGUUUUUAAAAUAGGUGAAAAUUUCUUAUAUUGUUAUGUUUAGUCGAAAAAUGUUACUGUGUUUUCCUCUUUUUUUGUAUAGUUGUUGUUUUUAAAUAUCACACUUUUAAUAAUAGACCAAGAUCUGAGUGUAUACAAAAUGCAGGUUUUAAAUGAAGAAUUGUUUUUUAAGGGACAAGCAGCUAUCCAGACGUCUUGAUGCAUUCUCAAUCAUCCAGGAAAGUAAAUCUCCAAAAGUUGAAUCUGUUCAUCUGGACGUAGCGUUUUGCUAAAACCAG